AUGGAUAAUGAACAUUGGAAUCGGACCGGACAACAUGGAUUAAGGAUUGGAACUUGGAAUGUGAGAACGUUAUACAAAGUAGGAGCCCUUCAAAUGCCAACAGAAGUCGUAGAAAAAUAUAACAUACACCUUAUAGCGUUACAAGAAACUAGGUGGCCAAGAGAAGGAAGUAUCACAUCUGGCAAUAUGGUGUUUAUGUACGGGGGAAACAAGAAUAACAAACAUGAAAACGGAGUAGGAUUUAUGAUUCAUAAAAGUACUAUGCCGCAGAUUAAACAGUUUAUAGUAGUAAAUGAGAGAAUAUGCUACUUACGAAUAAAUAUGAAACAUCAUGAUCUGGUAAUAAUUUGCACAUACGCUCAUACAGAAACGGCAGACGAAGAAAUAAAAAAUAUCUUUUAUGAUUCAUUAGAAAACACUUAUGACUCUCUACCAAACCAUUGUGUUAAGUUAAUAAUGGGAGACCUAAACGCCCAAAUAGGAUAG